CUCAACUUCACAUCCUACCUUCUCUACCUACCAAAAACCACCUCAGGCGAGACUGUCCACAAGUGUCGCCCAUCAUUCCACCCAAGUAGCAACUGCGUAUACAGGUCUCUGGCCCUGUUCAAAAACCACCUGUUUUCCCUAACAUUGCACAUCGCAACACCACCACUCCGCCAAACACAUAUCCACAAUGGCUGGACCUUCCGAAGCCGUCGGCAAAGCCUUGAAGAGCCUCGACCUCGACGGGCACAUCUUGCCGCCGUCGCCCGCACCUUCCACGCCGACCAAUGGGCGCAAGUAUGCUCUCGCCACGGAGCUGGUCUACACCGAAGCCAAUGACCAGUACAAUGCCAGCAGCAUGCCCAUUUACCAAUCGGCCACUUUCAAAGGUGGACCGGGUCAAGAGUAUGACUACACGCGGAGUGGAAACCCUACGCGGACGCAUCUCGAGCGCCACCUGGCAAAGAUCAUGAACGCCAACCGUGCGCUGGUCGCCGGUUCUGGAAUGGGCGCCCUGGAUGUCAUCACGCGAGUGCUCAAGCCGGGCGAUGAGGUCGUCACAGGUGAUGAUCUCUACGGAGGCACCAACCGCCUGCUCACCUAUCUGAAGACCAAUGGUGGAAUCAUUGUGCACCACGUGGACACCACGAACAUGACAGCAGUGAAGGAAAUUCUUUCAGAAAAGACCACCAUGGUCCUUUUGGAGACGCCCACGAACCCGCUCAUUAAAGUGGUGGACAUCACAGGCAUCUCAGCGGCGGCGCACGCUGCCAAUCCCAAGGCCAUCGUGGCCGUGGACAACACCAUGCUCUCGCCGUACCUUCAGAACCCAUUGGAUCUCGGCGCAGAUGUCGUCUACGAAAGUGGAACGAAGUAUCUGUCCGGUCACCACGACGUCAUGGCGGGCGUGAUCGGCGUCAACGACACGGCGCUCGCCGACAAAUUCUAUUUCAUGAUCAACUCGACCGGCUGUGGUCUGGCACCAUUUGAUAGCUGGCUUUUGCUUCGCGGGAUCAAGACGCUGGCCGUCCGUAUGGAGAAGCAGCAGACCAGCGCAAACGCCAUUGCCGAAUAUCUCGAGGAACACGGUUUCAAAGUCCGCUACCCUGGCUUGAAAUCACACCCUCAAUACAAACUCCACUGGUCACAAGCACGUGGCGCAGGCGCAGUCCUCAGCUUCGAGACCGGCUCCAUCGCCCUGUCGGAGCGCAUCGUCGAAUCCACCAAACUCUUCGGCAUCUCCGUGUCCUUCGGCUGCGUGAACAGCCUCAUCUCAAUGCCCUGCCGCAUGAGCCACGCGAGCAUCGACCCAGCGACGAGGAAGGAGCGAGCCCUACCGGAGGACAUCAUCCGCCUGUGCAUUGGUAUCGAGGACCUAGAUGACCUGAAGGACGAUCUUGCCCAAGCGCUCGUCAGGGCCGGCGCCGUCCGGUUGACAGAGAGUGGUUUCACCGCCUUGCCUGCGGAGGAGACCGAGGGUCAGACGGGCCUGACGACGCAGGUCGUCGACGAGCCAUAAGCGACCUGGCGAUUGCGAUUGCGCGAUUGCGAGCCUCACUUUCCUUAGC